AUGGCAUCCUCAAUCAAGUCUGCUGAUCUCGAGUCCUUCCAGAACCACCUCCGCUACUCAGACCGCGUACUAGCUCUAUGCGGUGCAGGCCUCUCAGCUGCCUCUGGGCUGCCUACGUUUCGUGGCGCCGGCGGUCUAUGGCGAAGCUACGAUGCAGUCUCUCUCGCAACCCCGGAGGCUUUUGCCGAAGACCCUGGCCUGGUUUGGCAGUUCUACAGCUACAGACGGCACAUGGCGUUGCAGGCACAGCCAAACCCAGCUCACUAUGCUCUUGCUGAACUGGCCAGACGCAAGAGGGGCUUCCUAACCCUGAGCCAGAACGUUGAUGGACUCAGUCAACGAGCAGGCCAUCCAGCUUCGAAGCUUUGUCUCCUCCACGGGUCCUUGUUCGAUGUCAAAUGCACCGCGUUCUAUUGCAAGCAUGCAGAGUCGAACAAUUUUACAGAUCCUAUAGCACCAGCGCUGGCAAUUCCUAAGGGCGGGCCCUCACCGGCUCCUCUGGGAACAGCGACCUCGGGAGCCGGAGCCACAGACUCACUGCAACAUGCCAUGCACGGCGCGGGUUCAAAGCAUCAAUCAGGGAAAGAGCUGGACAUAUCGGAUGAUCGGGUUGAGAUCCCAGAGCUUGAUACCAAAGACCUUCCCCAUUGUCCCGAAUGCGGCAGUGGACUGCUUCGUCCUGGCGUCGUCUGGUUCGGAGAGAUGCUACCCGAGAAGAUUAUCGAGGAGAUCGACGAUUUCAUCGAGGAAUCGAAGAAGAUCGAUCUGAUCCUCGUCAUUGGAACCAGUGCUAAGGUCUAUCCUGCUGCGGGUUACAUCGAAAAAGCUAGGGCAAAAGGCGCAAGAGUCGCAGUCAUCAAUAUGGACAGGGCAGACACGGGCAGAGGAGGGUUGAAGAAGGGAGAUUGUUUCUUCGAAGGCGAUGCAGGUGCUAUUCUCCCCGAGCUCUUGAAACUAGAGAUUGGAGACAUCUUGAACACAGAACACAAGGCGGGGCGUGGAGAGGACGGCGCAUAA